AUGGACCCUUUCGCCAUAUCUUCAUAUGCAGCCAUGAAGAAGGGUGUCUGUAUGUCUAUUACAGCAGGAAAUAGCGGCCCCUCACUUGGGUCAUUAUACAAUAGAAUCCCCUGGGUCCUGACCGUCGGUGCCAGUUCAAUUUACCAUUCUUUAGCUGGGACUGUGACUCUUGGCAAUGGGUCAACCAUCACUGGAUGGACUAUGUUCCCUGCAAGUGCCUUGGUUCAUGAACAGCUUCUCAUUUACAACAAGACACUGUCACAUUGCAAUUCAAGUGGGUGGUUGUCUAAUCCCCCUUAUGAUGGCAUCCUAGUAUGUGAUGUGGGAAUUGUAAAAUCUUUCCGUCACAUUGCGCCUUUGACGACCUCAGCCAUCUUUAUCUGCAAUGAUCCACAAUUAGCCGAGGUGGAAGAAUUUUCUUAUCCAAGAGUUGUGAUUGGCUCAAAGGUUAUAGAAGUAGUGAUCAACUAUGCCAAGAGGUCUAAGAAGCCUAUGCACCUCCAAAUAGCCUCACCUCUAGCAAAUGGGGGCAGGGCAGGGCAGGUUAAUCCAAACAAGGCACUUGACUCUGAUCUUAUAUAUGAUACCACUCCACAUGGACAUGUGAAUCUCCUCUGCUCCAUGAAUUUCACAAGCACACAAAUCUUAACCAUCGUCAAAUCAAGAAGUUAUAAUUACUCAAACCCUUCUGACGAUCUGAAUUAUCCAUCAUUUAUUGUUUUGUACACCAACAAAACAACAAUGAUCUCUCGAACAUUUCAGAGGGCUGUGACAAGUGUUGGGGAUGGACCGACAAUUUACAAGGCUGAGGUUACAACAUCCGAGCAUUCCACCAUCUUUGUCUGGCCGGAGGAAAUCAGUUUUGUUAAGAAGUAUGAGAAGCAGAGCUACAAUAUGACAAUCAAGUACAUAAAGGAAAAGAAUGGCACAGUCGAAUAUGGCUCGCUUGUUUAG